AGUGGGCCUGUGGGACCUUUCUUACAACUGCCACCACACCAUCCUUGCCAUGAGCAUCCUAGCAAGCUCAAAACUGGAAUUUUGUCCCUAUCACUCUGCAUUUCUUUCUCCUGCCCAUAAUGGUGUUAGGCAAGCAGGUGACGGAGGAGCGAAAGCUCCUUUCGGGGUGUUAACUAAACAUACACAGUCACGGUUUUCACUGAAAAGUGGAGCUAUGGAGCCAUCUUCAAGAAGCUCCAGGAUCGCUGAUCCAGAUAGAAAAACAAACAUUGUAGAGGGAGAAUUGAUAAACUCAAUCCAAAAAGAAUCAAUGGACCCUGAUCAGAGCGAGUCAACAGAGGGCGAAGAUCGAGUUUCUGCAUUGCUGGAAGCCAGAUUUAAAGGUUGUGAUAGUGAUGAUUUGAGAAUAGAACAUUGCAAGAGGAUAUUGGAUUGUUUAUUAAACCCUUCACUGGAGGGCGUUGUACGUAGCCAGAGUCUCAUUGCCCAAUGUAGUAAUACUCACUUCCCACAGGUUAUUUGUAAUGUCACAGUUGCCGAACACGCGGUAGUCAUACAACUGAUAGCGGAGGAAAAGAUCGAGGUGAAGGGCAAACUUACAUAUUUCCCCAAUACCCUCGAACUGUUCGUGAUGUGUCCAUACCCCAUCCAUGAAAGGCCUAUCGCACACCUCUGUGCCUCUCUUCACUACUUCAUUCACGGCAUCGAACACGAUCAGACUUUAGUCGAGGUCCAAGUAUUGACCAACCAUCGCAUCCAUUCUGACGAUAUCACUGCCAACCCCGAUCUCCAGGUUGUCAUCAUCCCAUAUCCUCUCGACUCCGUGGGCCAGCCUGAGACGCUUUGGGUCGGAGAAGUGGGAUUUGCACAGCAUAAAAAUGCCAUGGUUCAAAAAUUGAAGAUGGUGUUAAAGAAGACGCCUUCAAUUGGUCUUGUCCUGCUCGUCGUCAUCAGAGAGACUGAGAAGUGGAGCUCUCCUCUAGAAAAUAGCUCUACUGCCAUCACACUGCGGAAGAAGCCGAAGGAUGUCAUUCCGUGAGUUCUGUCCGUCGAGGAGAGAGACCGGUAUUUUUGGGCCCGUUGUAGUGGAGGGAUUCAGCUGGUUGAACGUAGAAGUGAUCGAAUAUCACGUCUUCAAACGAGGGCAACAUGACAAUGCUCCCAUCGAUCUUGAGACUACUGAUCCCGCCAAUACUGUGAGUGGAACCCUUUAUCCAACCUGUGAUAUGACUCGAGUUGAGCGUUUGUUACGUGAAGGGGCACAAAGUAUCAAAUCGGCUGUUAUUUGACAUCUCGAAGAUCUCAAAGUUGAUCAGGCCAAAGUUGACAUCGUCCAUGCAUCACAUCCUGAACUAGAACUCAACUGGGACCGGAUUCGGACGCACAUGUCAAAUGUGAUUUAUUCCACCGCUCAUUUCCGUUACGCCGAUUGGUACGACCGUAAAUUUAUUAAACGCAAGAAGGUUGACAACGUCCAAGAAUCGUCCAUGGUGCCUGAUGCCUUAGCUGGAGGAGCUGAAGCAGCGCAUGCUCAAGUUAAGAAGCUGAGGCUCGAAGCUGCAACUAACCCGGCUGAGUGAUGGGAGUAUCUGGAAGGUCAAUCAAACUCGUGUAUGCCUUUAACCACGUUGUAUGUUUUGGUCCAAUCUGUACGAGUAAUGGUUGUAACGAACAUUGUGAUUACUUGUAUCUCACUUUUUGUGUACAAUUAAUGUAUCCGUCUUUGAUUUUUUCUCGCAGUGUGGAACUUUGAAAUGUACAUGUUCGCUGGGAUU